AGAUAUCAAUGAAUGUAUUCAAAGCAAUCCUCCAUGUUCAUGGAGCAAUGGAGUAUGUAUGAAUACAAAUGGCAGUUUUCUUUGUUCAUGUAAUAUGGGAUGGACUUUGGGUGAAGAUAACGCUAGUUGUGUUGAUGUAAAUGAAUGUGCAAGUAGCAGUCCUCCUUGUUCUUUAUUCAACGGAGUAUGUAAUAACACAUAUGGCAGCUAUUUUUGUUCUUGUAACAAAGGAUGGAUGUUGGCUCAAGAUAAUGCUACGUGUGUUGAUGUAAAUGAGUGUAUUGAAAACGUUACAUCAUGUUCCAAUGGAGGUUGUAUAACAGUAGACGAGAAACUUCGAUGUCCAGUGUACUUAGUGGCAAGUAACUCAAUCCCGUUGACAAAGGGUGCUGUCAUUGCUAAUAUACCAAUACUAGAAAAAGAAUACAUAGUUUCGUUUGAUGUUUAUCUUGCGUCUUUUACUACUGACGUUCGUAUUGUUGUUUAUUUUACCAUUGGUUUAAAUCGUUCGAAUAAUGAUAUGAUUCCAGCUCUCUUACUUUAUCCAAAUGGAAAUAUGGCUAUCCCAGCUCCUGCUAAUGGAAAUUUUUUUACCUACCCAAAUCCAAUUGCAUUAAAUACAUGGACAAAUGUUAGGAUAAGUCAAGUUCUAAUUGGUACACAAUAUGUAAAUUCAAUCCGAAUAAACGAGAACACAGUUUCUGAUUAUACUAAUGAGCAAGCUCAAGAUUUUUACAAUGUGACAGUAUAUGCUUCAGAUACUUGGUUUGAAGCUCAGGAUGGUUUUAUAAGAAACUUGUUCUUUAUCAAUGGAAAGGCUAAUAACUAUGAAUGCGAUGUUCAUCCACCUUGCUCUUGGAAUAAUGGAGUAUGUACUAAUUCAAAUGGCAGCUAUUAUUGUUCCUGCACCACAGGAUGGACAUUAGGUCAAGAUGGUAUCAGCUGUAUUGAUAUCAAUGAAUGUAUUCAAAGCAAUCCUCCAUGUUCAUGGAGCAAUGGAGUAUGUAUGAAUACAAAUGGCAGUUUUCUUUGUUCAUGUAAUAUGGGAUGGACUUUGGGUGAAGAUAACGCUAGUUGUGUUGAUGUAAAUGAAUGUGCAAGUAGCAGUCCUCCUUGUUCUUUAUUCAACGGAGUAUGUAAUAACACAUAUGGCAGCUAUUUUUGUUCUUGUAACAAAGGAUGGAUGUUGGCUCAAGAUAAUGCUACGUGUGUUGAUGUAAAUGAGUGUAUUGAAAACGUUACAUCAUGUUCCAAUGGAGGUUGUAUAACAGUAGACGAGAAACUUCGAUGUCCAGUGUACUUAGUGGCAAGUAACUCAAUCCCGUUGACAAAGGGUGCUGUCAUUGCUAAUAUACCAAUACUAGAAAAAGAAUACAUAGUUUCGUUUGAUGUUUAUCUUGCGUCUUUUACUACUGACGUUCGUAUUGUUGUUUAUUUUACCAUUGGUUUAAAUCGUUCGAAUAAUGAUAUGAUUCCAGCUCUCUUACUUUAUCCAAAUGGAAAUAUGGCUAUCCCAGCUCCUGCUAAUGGAAAUUUUUUUACCUACCCAAAUCCAAUUGCAUUAAAUACAUGGACAAAUGUUAGGAUAAGUCAAGUUCUAAUUGGUACACAAUAUGUAAAUUCAAUCCGAAUAAACGAGAACACAGUUUCUGAUUAUACUAAUGAGCAAGCUCAAGAUUUUUACAAUGUGACAGUAUAUGCUUCAGAUACUUGGUUUGAAGCUCAGGAUGGUUUUAUAAGAAACUUGUUCUUUAUCAAUGGAAAGGCUAAUAACUAUGAAUGCGAUGUUCAUCCACCUUGCUCUUGGAAUAAUGGAGUAUGUACUAAUUCAAAUGGCAGCUAUUAUUGUUCCUGCACCACAGGAUGGACAUUAGGUCAAGAUGGUAUCAGCUGUAUUGAUAUCAAUGAAUGUAUUCAAAGCAAUCCUCCAUGUUCAUGGAGCAAUGGAGUAUGUAUGAAUACAAAUGGCAGUUUUCUUUGUUCAUGUAAUAUGGGAUGGACUUUGGGUGAAGAUAACGCUAGUUGUGUUGAUGUAAAUGAAUGUGCAAGUAGCAGUCCUCCUUGUUCUUUAUUCAACGGAGUAUGUAAUAACACAUAUGGCAGCUAUUUUUGUUCUUGUAACAAAGGAUGGAUGUUGGCUCAAGAUAAUGCUACGUGUGUUGGUAUAAAUGAAUGUAUUCAAACCAAUUCUGAAUGUUCUUGGAGCAAUGGAGUAUGUACUAAUACUAAUGGUAGUUUUUUUUGCUCGUGUAGUGUUGGAUGGGCGUUGGGUCAAGAUAAUGCCAGUUGUGUUGAUGUUGAUGAAUGCUCAAGCAAUAUUCAUCCCUGUUCUUGGAGUAAUGGAGUAUGUUUAAACACACUGGGAAGCUUUAUUUGUUCAUGUAAAUAUAGAUGGAUAUUAGGAAAAGAUAACUCCAGCUGCAUUGAUAUAUGUGAAGGCUGUGAAGAAAAUAAAAACAAAGUAUGUGAUGUAAAAAGUGCUACUAAAAUGUUAUGCUUGUGUAAAAAUGGUUAUUUUUCUUUGGACAAUAUGAUGACUUGCAUAGAUGUUGAUGACUGUUCAUCAGGAAUAAAUGGCUGUAGAGAUAAUAGCAUAUGUGUAAAUACAGAUGGUGGUUACAAUUGUACUUGUCCCAUUGGUUUUAUACUUACUAAUGAUGGAAUGGGAUGUGAAGAUGUUAACGAAUGUUUACAAAAUAAAUGUGGUUUGGAUGAUAGUGUUACCUGUAUAAAUAAAGUAGGAAAUUUUAAAUGUAUUUGUCCGCAAGGCCAAUUCUUUAAUUCUUCAGUAUUACUAUGCCAAGACAUAAACGAGUGCCUUUUUACUGGAGCUGAAUAUCCAUGCGAUUCUGUUAGAGGUCAUUGUAAGAAUCGACCUUUUCCUGUGAAGUAUGUUUGCUCCUGCCCAACAGGCUGGUCAUUAUCUUCGAAAAAUACUUGUACUGAUGUUAAUGAGUGCUUAAACUGGUGUAAUGGAACAAAUAGUAGAUGUAUAAACCAAGCAGGUGGAUUUCAAUGUAUGUGUGCUGUUGGAUAUGCUUAUUCUAAUGUUACCCAUCAAUGUGAACAAGUCAAUAUGUGUACCUUAGGUUUUCAAUGUCCUAAUAAUUCAGUUUGUACCAUGACAAUACCUGGGUCAGUUUCAUGCCAAUGUUUAAAUGGAUUGAUUAUGGAUUAUAGUAGUAAUUGUGUUGAGAUAAACAAAUGUAAUGAUCCAAACAUAUGCUCUGAUAAACCACAUUCAAGGUGUGUGAACAAACAAGGCAUUGAAAUGUGGAGUUGUGAAUGUCUUAAUGGUUAUCAAGCAGUUGGUAAUUUUUGCACAUUAAUUUUAGUGGAUGAAUGUAAAAUUGCUGAGCAAGCAAAUAAAAGUUUAUGCAAAUUGAAUCAGCAAUGCAUAGAUACUACUUCAAGUUUUGAAUGUAUAUGUUUGACUGGUUUUAGUUUAAUUUCUACUGGUGACUGUGAAGAUAUAAAUGAGUGCAUAUUAAAUAAAACUGCUUGUCAAUCCAAUGCUGAUUGUGUAAACACAUAUGGAAGCUAUUACUGCAAAUGCAAAAUAGGUUUUGUUGCAGACAAUAUUAUCAAUUCUUCUUUGAUGCACUGCAAUGCUAAUGAAAGUAUCUGGAGUUCAUGGGAGCAAAUGGGUACAUGCAGUGAACUAUGUUCAACGGAUGAUAAACAAGGAAAAAUAAAAUUUCAAAGACGUUGUUUAGCAAUUGACUUCAAUAAUUGCAAUGGACAAUUUUUAAAGGAAGAACACUGCAACUCUGAGUAUUGCCAUAAUAAGAUUAGAAUUGCUAAGUCGCUUCAAUGUGAAAGGUGGUCCAAUAUGCAACCCAGCAUUAGUGAUAUUUCUGCUCAACAGAAUGAAACUUGGUUAAAAAAACUGAAAUCAUGGAAUAAAUGGAAAGUUCAAGGAUGUCAGCAAUCGUUGAAUGAUGCUAGUUUGUUAUUAAAUCAAGAUAUUAAAAGUAUAAGAAAUGAAAUUAAGCGUUUAAAUGGUUAUAAAAGUAUGUUAGUUGAUGGAAUUGAUUGCAAUACUUACAUUCAGCGUCAAGCUGGAUUUCUUAAAGAAUACAUUUCCGUUUACUCCAAAAUGACAAUGUAUGUUUCCAUAAAAGCAGCUUUAAGCAACUUAAAAUCCAGGAUUGAUUUAAAACUUAACAACUGUGCGCGUAGAUCGUCAUUAUUUGGGGUUUAUUCGAGUUUAUCACAAGUGUAAAUUAUAAUAUAAACAGCUACUUGCGUUGUUCAUUUAUUUUUGGUCUCAAUUUUUCCGCAUAUGGGCCACAAGAAUCAUCACGAUAUUUGGCGAAGUAUUGUCAUUUAACACCAGUUCAGUUCAAAUUAGUUUUAAUUUAAAAUAGAUAUGUUUGGAUUUUAUAUUUUACUAAGAACUCGUCAAACUCAAUUGCCAAACCAAAAAACAUUUUCUGCCGAGCAGACAAAGUUUUUUAACUGCUAUUCUAAAUUUACUUAAAAGAUUUUUUCGAAAAGAAAAUUAUUCAAAAAAAUAAAAUGACGUGUUAAAUAAUUGGCGGAUACCAAAGUUAAAACAUGAUUUAACAAACUAAAUGCAACUUUAGCCGAUAUGUUCUAUCACCAUAUGUCAGUGACGGAUCCAGACGAUCAAGUAAGGGGAGGAGAUUUUUCAGCAACCCCACAAAUUUUUUUAAUAUAAUUUUUGUUUGAAUAUAACUCUUUUACUGUCA